AUGGGCAAAAGGAAGCGUAGUGCCAACAAGGCUGGUCCCAAUGGCAGCCAGCCUACGCAGAAGCGCGCAAAAACGGAACAGUCUCUGUUAAAUGGUAUCGAAGCUCUCAACCUUGACUUAGAAAAAACCCCCUUUACAGAAACCCUAAAUAGCGAAGCUCGAAAACGGGAAGCUAAGGUAUACGAAUUGCUUGGAAGUGCCGAUAGCGACGAACGAAUUGCUGCUGCCGAUGCGAUCGUGACCGGGCUUCUGGUCUCCUCGGAAGCCGCACUUGAAAGGCAUCUCGAUAAUCGCCUAUUCCGUGGACUUGCGAGCUCACGUAAUGCAUCCCGAGUAGGCUUCAGCCUUGUAUUAGCAGAAAUCCUGAACCAGCUGUUCGGUCCGAACAACCUCGCCGAGUCAAAAUAUACUGGCUUAACAUUCGACAAGGUGCUGAAUAUCCUGGUGGAAAAAACAACUUCUAAGUCCAAGACCCUUUUCGAUGAAGAAUCGCGAUGGUUAAAAGUCUUGGACUUGCUGCUGGAUAUGGCUGAGAAGAAAGUCUGGAUGAGAUCGCACUGUGGAUGGGUUAUCGUGGAAUCGCUAUCACAGAUGGGACAGGGAAGAGCAGAGGCAACGCUCCAGAAAUUGUCUGAUAUUGGGCUCGGCAAGACCGCUGAGGGCAUUGCUAUCUGGAUGAAGGCACAAAGUUGCUAUCCCAACCUGAAAACACCGGCAAACCCCUGGCACGAUCCUAUGAAUCCGAGUGUACUGUCCGAAGUGGCUCGGGUAUUGAAGGAUAAUGUGGCACAAGACAACGGAGAGGACGCGGCGAUCACCAAAACUAAGCAAGGCGGCUGGAGCGCCCAAUUGCAUUUUGUCUGGGAUCUUUUACUCGAGACAUUCCUCAAUCAAGAGACAGGUGGAAAGCAGAGCAAAGACCAGCUGAAACUAUUCUGGACUACCGUCAUUGAUGAUAGUCUUUUUUCCAAGAAUGCUUCUGACGCACAAAAGUUUCGGGGUUUCGUCAUAUUCCAAAAAUUCCUCCUUGGAUUUGCGACAGGAAAAGUCAAGUUUGCUAAGGAACUAUUUACUCGGAAUUUAAUGAAGUGUCUGAUGAACCAAGCUGCCAAGGAGGAUCGAUAUCUCCAUCGGGCUGCGCUGAAAAGUCUACAAUCGAUCGAGAAAGCCGUGCAGGUCUCGCCAGAACUCCUGCUGCUAGUCCUAAACGAGCUAAUUGGAAAAGCUGGGGCUUACGAUUUUGAUCAACGAACGAGUACUAAGACUAUCGAGAACCUGCUGCAGUGGGCUACUCCGGAUAAUGCGAAGAAUGUUCUUAAGCUUCUUCGAGAUCCCGUCGUCGCGAACGAUAGUGGUGCAGCUAGCGACGUCGAAAAGCUUAGACAUGUGUAUGCCGGCUAUGUGUCUAAAUUGGCCACCCAGGCAAAGCCUGCAUCCGAAGCCUCGACCGAUAACGAGAGUACGAAUGUCGCCGAGCUUGGAGUAAAAGAACUAGCAGCAUGUGCGUAUUCUGUACAAAAACAAUUUAAACCAGAAUUAUCGGAGAAAUCAAGAGAAAUAUUCCGCAGAUUACUCGCUUCUACGAUUGGAAAGGUCAUGAGGCGUCGAGAUGAUGCCGAAUAUCUCUGUAAUGCGGUUAUCUCUGUCGAGCCCUCGGCAGUGGAUAUGGGUGAUGAGAUAAAGGCUGAACGAGAUAACGCACUAAAGGCCAUACGAAAACUACUGAAAACAAGCAAGAAAUCAGAUAGCAAGAAUGCCGGGGCUUCUGUUGGCCUCGCUCUGUUAUAUGCUAUUACGAUAUUACAACUAUAUGAUGGAGCACCAGAUGCUAUCAGCAUUCUCCAGGAUCUAGAGAGGUGUUCCGAGAAGAUGAAGAGCAAGGAAGGUGGUAGCUCAGAACUUCUGGUGGAGAUAUUACUCGCGUUAGUCUCUCGACAGUCACCAAUGAUGCGGCAGAUUAGCGAGCAGGUGUUUGAGGCAUUCACUUCGCAGAUUUCUUCCGAAGCUCUCGAGCUUUUGACGGAGCCACUUCUCGCGGAGGAAAACCAGAAAGGAUACCAAGCCCUAUUUGAAAACCUCGAGGACGAGGAUGUAGAAAUGGACGAUGGUGAAGAGUCCAGGUCUGAAGAUGAAGCUGAGGACAUGGAGGAGGACGAAAUCUCGGAACUUGGCUCCGAUGUUGAAUUUGUUACUUUAAAUGGCGCUGAGGCGACGGCCGACGACGAAGAUGACGACGAAGGUGAAGGGGAUGAGGAAGAUGAUCAGCAAGGAGAAGCAGAUGCUAAAGAACUUGCAGACCUUGACGACGCUCUCGCAAAGGUCCUAGGAAGCCAUCGAUUAGACAAAGAUAAAGAGGCCGAAUCGUCAGAUAAUGAUUCGGACAUGACUGAUUCCGAGAUGAUGGCGCUAGACGACAAGCUCGUCGAGCACCGCAUCCUCGACUUCAUUGCCCUCUACCUCAAGCACGAGGCUGCUAACCCAUUGGCCUUCAGCCUCCUCCUACCACUCCUAGAAGUCGUACACAGCACCACCGCCAAGCCUCUCGCUAACAAGGCAGUCGCGGCUAUUGAAAACUUCUCCAAAGCCUUCAAGAAGGCACGGGCCGCCGGCGACAAGCACGAGCUUGACGCUACAGCGCAACUGGCGCUGAUGCGUGAGAUCCACCAACAGGCAGCCAAGGAUGUAGCUCACGCCUACGGCCGUGCGGCAUCGAUGGCUAGCUUACUCGUCGCAUCGAGCCUUGUCGCCGCUGCCCCCGCCGGCGAUCAUGUCGACGCUAUCAAUGCGCUUUACGCGCAGACGUUUACCGAGUGCCAAAAGGGCACGCUCAAGCUACCGGGGUUCUUAUUCACCGACUGGGUUAAUUGGGGAAUGGGACACGCGGCAAAUGCCCAACAGCAAUCACAACAGCAGCAAGAAGGGGAGUCGUAA